UUGGAUCUGAAGCUUGCCUUGCUUUUUGUCAGGAGUCUGUUCUAAAAUGCACUGUUAUCACAGGCAAAACUGUGUGUAUAUUCCAAGGUACUCCAUCUUCAACACUCUACCUAGCUAGCUCAUCCAUCCAUCAGAUACAAAUAAAAAAGGUACCAAAAAGAGUAAGCACCAAGGCACGGGGAACUCAGAUCGAGAAAUAUACUGGAGAUGGAAGCUUCAGCUGUAAAUCAUCCUCUGCUAACGCUUCAUGCCAUUCCUAAAGUCCCUUCCGGCGAUGGUCCCUAUGUUCGAGCCAAGUAUGCUCAGUUGGUUGAGAAGGAUCUGGAAACAGCAGUAAUAUGGUUCUGGAAGGCCAUAAACGCAGGAGAUAGAGUAGGGAGUGCCCUAAAAGACAUGGCAGUAGUGAUGAAACAGCUGGAUCGCUGUGAAGAAGCCAUUGAAGCUGUCAAAUCAUUUCGAGGUCUCUGCUCAUUCCAGUCCCAAGAUUCCUUCGAUAAUGUCCUUCUCGAUCUGUACAAGAAAUGUGGGAAGGUGGAUGAACAAAUAGUGUUGUUAAAGCAGAAGCUGAGAAAGAUAUACCAAGGGAAGGUCUUCAAUGGCAGACCAACCAAGACAGCUCGCUCCCAUGGCAAAAAGUUUCAGGUUUCCGUCCAGCAAGAGACAGCCAGAAUACUGGGUAGUUUGGGGUGGGCCUAUAUGAUGAAGUCCAACUUCAUAACGGCAGAAGUGAUAUACCGCAAGGCCCAAAUGAUCGACGCCGACGGCAACAAAGCGUGCAACCUGGCCUACUGCCUGAUCAAACAAUCCCGGCACGACGAGGCCCGAUUCUUUGUGGAACAAGUAUCGAGCGGCAGAUACCCGGGGUCGGACGAACCCAAAACGAGAGCCCGGCUCGAGGAAUUGGUUUCGGAGUUGGACUCGGUACAGCCCCCAUGCUUCAUGCAAAACCUUCCCGGUCCCGGGCUCGGGCUGGAGCUGGACGACGACUUUCUCGGUGAGCUCGAUGGGGUGAUGAGCGAGUGGGGUCCACCCAGAUCAAGAAGGUUGCCGGUCUUUGAAGCGAUCACUCCAAUCAGAGAUCAGCUGGCUUGUUAAUUUUUAGUAUAAGAACAAAAACUGUGAAUAUUAGUUUGGAAAGUAGUGGAAAGCAUGAAGCAUUGAUUAAUAUAUAUAUCAUAAUAACAUCAAGAUAUUUGGGCUCCAAGUGCUGUUGUAUGUAGACCUAUUGUAUGUCCAGGUUCAUCUGUUUGAAUAAUAAUAAUUACUCCAAGGAA